AUGGCAGACGCAAUGGCAGACGCAAUGGCAGACCCAGCAUCUCAUAGAUCGAAAAACCCACCCCCCCUCCUGCACCGCAUCAAAUGGUUCAACUUUACCAUGCUCAUCACCAUCCCGCUCAUCGCCUUUCUCUGCACCCCCUACAUCCCCCUCCUCCGUCCCACCCUCAUCUGGUCGCUAAUCUACUACCUGAUAACCAUGAUCUCCAUCACAGCCGGCUACCACCGCCUCUGGUCCCACCGCACCUACACCGCCGCGACCCCUCUCCGCCUGCUGCUCGCCCUCUUCGGCGCCGGCGCCAUCCAAGGAAGCAUCAAAUUCUGGGCCCGCAACCACCGCCUCCACCACCGCUACACCGACACCCCACUGGACCCCUACAACAUUACCCAAGGAUUCUUCCACGCCCAUAUCCUCUGGACUAUCCUCCACCAACCCCCCCAUCCCAAACCAAAACCCACCAUCAACAUCACCGACCUAACCACCGACCCCAUCAUCCAAACCCAACACAAACACUACCUCCCCCUCUGCAUCACAAUGGGGUGGCUCUUCCCGUCCCUAAUCGCAGGAUUCCUCUGGAAUGACUGGGUCGGCGGAUUCCUCUACGCGGGGAUCCUCCGUGCGUUUUUCGUAAACCAGGCUACGUUUUGUGUGAAUUCGUUGGCGCAUUGGAUUGGGGGGAGGCCGUUUGAUGAGAGGAAGUCGGCCAGGGAGUCGGUGGUUGUUGCGAUGGUGACGUUGGGAGAAGGGUAUCAUAAUUAUCAUCAUGUGUUUCCGGGGGAUUAUCGGUGUGGGAGGAGUGGUGGGAUGUGGAUGUUACGAAGUGGGUGAUUGCGGGC